AUGACUUUGAAGCCAGAUCUGAAAUACGCUGAUUUGCAGGCUUGUUGUGUCUGUCUGGGUUUUCGGGACGAGGACACGUACAAAGUGGACGCUGAUGCAGCCGCAUCCAUUCGAUCAAUUUUGCGUUAUCUUCGCAACGAAAGCGUCAGCUGUGAUAUACGGAGGGAACUUGGCACUUUAAAGAUCCUAACUAGUGAUUUGAUUCCCCUGCUUAAGGUCAGCAGAGCUGAUCCCAUUCUGUUUGAUCUCGUUAUCCGACUAAUGGUAGGUCUCACUCAGCCUGCUGUUGUCUGUUUUCGCAACGAGAUUCCCACUGAUCGCGACCUCUAUGCAGCCUUUCUUAAGGUCGAUACCAUUCUGAAGGAAUAUAAAUAUGCCUUCGCUGACGAAAAGCUUUUUCGAGUUCUUGCUGAAUGUGUAGAGGAUUUGCUCAACAAGACUCCUGAACAGCUUGCGAUUGCUGGCGCUCCUGUGACUGAUAUCGACCCUAAUGCGCGUCAUAAUCGAUUUGGCGGCACAUUUGAAUUGCUCAACACACAGUCUAUCUCGAGUCGACCUCUCAUCUAUCAUCAUGAUGUGACCGUUCCUCUACGUCGUAGUCUUUUGACGUGUGUGGAGACCAGUGCGAUUGACCAGGUUAAUCUGGACUUGGGAAAGAGAAUCCGUCGCAAGGCGUGUAAUCGGAAGCCUCUCAUUGAACGUGAAUUUCGACGGAGAUCAGUCCUUUGCGUCCAACUCUUUCUGCAGAAGUUUUGCUGGCAGUUCCUGCGCAACUGCUACAACCUCCUGAUGCGUGCGGCACGUGAUGCUAUUCUACGACAGAGUACUCAGGCCAAUGACGAAACCUAUUACCUCUGGUCCAUGCAAUUCUUCAUGGCUUUCUGUCGUCUCUACAGGUUUCGCCCGCAGUACCUCAGUGAGUCACUGAAUGCCAGUGUAUUCAACUGGGUCUAUACUCUAUCCAUGGGCUAUCGUGAAGCCCUUCUCAGCGAUAGGCGAGGAGGAGCGCGAAACCAAAGUGCUCUCCAGUGGAGCAGGCGGUUAGCUCUUGCUGUUUCCGCCUGUCGACAAUUUCUUCUUUGUCUCCAGGAGAUGUUCAACCCCUCUAAAGAGGAGGUAUGGAGGAAAAGUUUUAAUAACCGCGGCGGUGGGAAUGAGGAAGAUGACGAAGGGGAAACUUUAGAGGCACGGGAACAUCGAUUGGGCGUCCAAAAACAGGUGGCUGAAUCCUUGAUGUGUAACAAACAUAUUCUACGUUGCUGA